AACCAAUAUCUCCAUGCAAAUGUCAAGAAGAGGACCCCAAGCAGUCGGAGGACCCUUUUCGUCCUUCUUCAAGAAAUGGGCAGUCUCCAGCUGAACUCAUCCCAUCUAGCUUCCUUCUCCCUCACUCCCAGCUUCAGCCAUCGCUCACGCACUCGCCGAGCUCACCUCAGACCUUUCCGGAGCCAAACGAGCUUCUCAAGAAGCAGGAUCAGAGCAGUCGGAACCGUCCCCGAGAGCGGCUCCGAAACCGCAGCGGCAGAGGAACCGCCGUGUGUGAACUUCGCAUUUGUCAGUUCGGUUCUGCUUCCUGAUGGGACUCCGGACGUUCAUCUUCGCACGGCGUGUGGCGGGCAAAAACUGAGGGACAUCAUGCUGGAUUCCGACGUUGAGUUGUAUGGUCCCUAUGCUAGACCUUUGUUGAAUUGUGCUGGGGGAGGAACUUGUGCGACUUGUUUGGUUGAGGUUGUUCAAGGAAAAGAGCUGCUGAGCCCUCUCACGGACAAAGAGAAGGAAAAACUUAAAAAGAAGCCAAAAAAUUAUAGGCUUGCAUGUCAAACGACAGUUGGUAAACCAGAUUCUAGAGGGCUGGUUGUCAUACAACAAUUGCCCGAGUGGAAGGCCCAUGAAUGGAAAUUUGAGAAAGUGUCACCUUCGGAAUCUUUAUGAUACAAAUUUUGUAUGUACUGCAUUGUGAAUGGACAGGCUCGAUUCUUUAUUUUUAUUUUUAUUUUGCUUUAUGAGACUAUGAGAGAGUUCCUCACAAUCUACUGUAUUGAAAUGAAUUUUCUGUAGCAGUUAAUAUAAUUUGGGUUCAUAAGUC